UCCCAGGUGCUGAUGCAAUUUAAAUAAUAAAUUAUUGAUUAUAAAAGUUGGAAGGUGAAAAAUCUAAGGACAUGGAUAUACUACCUUCAGCGAACGAUAUAAUUUUUGCAUCGUCUCAGUAUGGUUCUAUGGCCAUGUUUCUCAAAAGAUAUAUAAUAGAUAUAAAAGCUGAAUUAGAAAAACGUUCAAAAAAAUAUUCGGAAAGCUUAUCUCAAAAAUAUUUAAGAGAUGAAAAUUUUGAAAAAAUAUUGAAAUUAUGGCGUUUUGAGAUGGAUCAAUAUUUUACUGAACUUGAGUUUUAUUGGAGGGCAAUCAUACUCAGAACAUUCUUCUAUCCCAGUAAUUAUCUACACAUUUUAAGAUCACCUCUAAAAAUAGAUAAAAGAUAUAACAAAAUUCCGAUACACAAUAUUACGUUUCCAAUGCGAAGCGAAGAAUAUCAAUUAUCUUCUAUGUUGCAUGAAAUGAGAAAGAAAAUAAAACCAAGAUGUACAGGUAGAUAUUUAAUCAAACAUACGGUGUGUGGAAAUGGAAACAAUUGAAUAUAGCGUAUCUAAUAUACAAUAUUUCUCUUUUCACGGAAUGUAAUUUAAUUAUAAAAUUAUAACUAAGAGAAUCUAUAAUGAUGAAUUAUUAUAAAAUGAGAAAUGAGAUACCUAAAUAUCUUUGUGUGGCUCUAUUGAAAAAUUUUAGAGGUUAUAAAUAAAAACUUCAAAUAAUGCGAAUAAAUGAAUUGUGUAAUUUGA